UCUGUUUCAGUGAUUAGCAGUAACCUGUGUACUCUCUUUCCAUCUCUUUAACGUACGUUCACCGACCAGCUUGCAUGGGGCUUUACUUGCCAAUGCAGCUGCCAGCAAGGGCACUGGCCAGCACUGGAUCACCGUGGCGCACGGUUGUGGCAAAUCAAUGGAGUUUAGCCAGCAAAGAUGAUGCAGCGGCCCAAGCAAAGCUCUAUGGCGUGAACAUCGCCAGCCAGUGGAGGGUUCGGGCCCAAGUGCAGGAUACCAACGAAUCAACCGUUGCCAGAGGGUCCCGAACACCCAUCAUCGGAAAUGAUGCUGAAAUCAUGAGAUGGCCUGAGGAGCUACGUGAUCUUGACAGCUACCAAGUUCACGGGACAGACUUUGAACCACUCAUUGAUCAGAUUAGGGCGAAGCUCAGAUCAAUGAAUGAUGGAGACAUCAGCAUCUCAGCAUACGACACCGCUUGGGUUGCUUUGGUACCAAGGCUGGAUGGCGGGGAGGGCCCCCAGUUUCCGACCGCCGUCCAGUGGAUCCUCAACAACCAGCUCCCUGAUGGCUCCUGGGGCGAUUCAGACUUGUUCUCUGCCUAUGACCGUUUGAUAAACACCCUUGCAUGUGUCGUCACACUGACAAAAUGGUCUCUUGAGCCUGAAACAUGCAAGAAAGGGCUCUCUUUUCUCAAUCAGAACAUGCGGAAGUUAGCAGUGGAAGACCAAGAGUCGAUGCCUAUUGGCUUCGAGAUUGCGUUCCCUUCUCUCAUUGAAAUAGCAAAGGGCUUGGGCGUUGACUUCCCGUAUGAUCACCAAGCUUUACAAGGCAUAUACACGAAUAGAGAAAUCAAGAUGAAGAGGAUUCCAAAGGACGUGAUGUAUAGAGUUCCUACAACAAUUCUUCAUAGCCUUGAAGGAAUGCCUGGACUGGACUGGUCGAAGCUUUUAAACCUGCAAUCAAGUGAUGGAUCCUUCUUGUUUUCUCCUUCGGCUACUGCAUAUGCUCUUAUGCAAACUGGUGACAGGAAGUGCUUCAAUUAUAUUGAUAGGAUAGUCAAGAAAUUCAACGGAGGAGUCCCCAAUGUUUAUCCUGUGGAUCUUUUUGAGCACAUAUGGGUAGUUGAUCGAUUACAACGUCUCGGCAUCUCUCGUUACUUCCAGCGGGAGAUUGAACAAUGCAUGGACUAUGUGAACAGGCACUGGACUGAAGAAGGAAUUUGCUGGGCUAGGAACUCUGAUGUAAAGGAUGUGGAUGAUACAGCUAUGGCUUUCAGAUUACUACGGCUGCAUGGAUAUAGUGUCUCACCAGAUGUAUUUAAGAAUUUUGAGAAGGAUGGGACGUUCUUUUGUUUUGCUCGACAAUCAACUCAAGCAGUCACAGGGAUGUAUAACCUCAAUAGGGCCUCUCAGAUAAGUUUUCCAGGCGAGGAUGUUUUGCACCGUGCUGGGACUUUCUCCUAUGAGUUUCUUAGGCAAAGAGAAGCCGAAGGAACGCUUCGUGACAAAUGGAUUAUUUCUAAGGAUCUACCUGGCGAGGUACAAUAUACACUAGACUUUCCUUGGUAUGCAAGCUUGCCACGCGUAGAGGCAAGAAGCUAUCUAGAUCAAUAUGGCGGUGACGAUGAUGUCUGGAUUGGAAAGACGCUCUACAGGAUGCCUCUUGUGAAUAACAAUGUAUAUCUUGAGUUGGCAAGAAAGGACUUCAAUUAUAUCCAGGUUCUACAUCAGCUUGAGUGGAAAAAUCUGCAAAAGUGGUACAUCGAGCUUGGCCUCGUGAAUUUUGGAGUGGCACAAGAAGAUCUUUUGAUAGCUUAUUUUCUAGCUGCCGCUUGCGUUUAUGGACCAAGUCGUGCCACCGAGAGACUUGCAUGGGCUAGAGUGGCAAUACUUGCCAACACCAUUUCUACACAUCUUCAGAGCAAUUUAUCAUUCAGAGAAAGCUUGGAACGUUUCCUCCAUUGUCCAGAUGAAACAAGGGAUGUAUCAUGGCUUAACGCAAAUGGAAAUUAUGCUAUUCUUGUGAAGGCACUUGUGCAACUUAAUGAUUUAUUAGCACAAGAAGCACAAACAAUCCACGAAGGACCGGAGUACAUCCGCAGCCUCUUGAGAUCAGCUUGGAUUGAAUGGAUAAGGGAGAAGAUGAACACAGAAGACAAUAUAUGUAAUGAUGAACCCAGUACUAUGAAGGGGUCAUGCAUGGUUCAUGAUAAACAAACAUGUUUGCUUUUGGUUCAAAUAAUUGAAAUUUGUGGUGGACGCAUUAAUGAGGCUGUAUCAUUGAUAAACAACAAGAAUGUUGAUCGGAUUGUUCAACUCACAAGAUCCAUAUGUGACAGUCUUCACCACAAGAUGUUGCUAUCUCAGGAUCCCAAGAAGAAUGAAGAAGUAAUAUGCCGUGUUGAUGAUGAAUUAGAGUUGUAUAUGCAAGAAUUUGCUCAAUGUAUUCUGAGAUCCGGUGAGAAAACCAUUAACAGCAAGACCAGACAAACGUUUUUGACUAUCGUGAAAAGCUGUUACUAUGCUACUCAUUGCCCACCACAUAUGAUGGAUAGACAUAUUUCCAGAGUUAUGUUUGAGCCUGUUUUCUCACAAUAAGGUGUCACUCAGUGUACCAUUGGUGGCGAACAUUGGGAAAGGACUCUGAAGAGUAAGGGUAGAGGAAACAUGCAAUUGAAGAGAGCAAAUGCUUAUAAUGGAGUACUGGACAUUAGUGUUGAUGUCACCUCCACAUUCUUUAUGUACAAAGUAGCACCUAUUUUGAUUGUACAUUUCGAUUUUGUGUGUAAAUAGGGAGUGAUUAGAUAUUUUCACAAAUGGUUCAACCUAUUGUUAAACUAAAUGAAAAUUAUACUUUGAAGUGCUAACAGG